AUGGCAAACAAUACCGACUCCAAUAACGACGAACCUCUCGCCAGCAUCGUCUUCCCUGGCCCUUAUGCUGCAACAUUCUACUUCAACAAUGAUUUGGCUGAAGAGCCUGACUACUUCUUAUCGAGUGACGGUGGCUACUUGACGGACGAGUCCGAUAUAUCUGAAGAAGAAGAACUUCCCCCGGCGAGUUAUAUGUCGGAAUUUCCGGCCGUGGAGGGCAACCCAUGGCCCGCCUUGAGCCCCGCGAGCACCCCUAGCUUGACCUCGUCCAUGCAGACACAGAUAUCCUCGGAGGAUCAUGAACAGUCCCCAAAAAAUCAAACCGACAUUUCUGAGCCUCGCUUUACUCACGUGGGAUCCGCAAGUCCGGAAAUAGAGGUGAACACUGACGGGUAUGUCCCGUUGGCCGAACCAUCGGAGGGCGUUGUCGACGACGGGACAAACCAGACUUUUGGGGCAUCCGAAACCCAAUCAACUACCGAAAAGCGUUCACUAGCACACUUUAUCAAUUUUGUUGACUGGAAAAACCCAGUAACUUUUGAAGAUUUCGUCAAGCUCAGCCCGCAACACAGGUCCGAGAUCAGGGCAAUCCAGUGGGAUUCGCAACUCUGGUUCAAUACCAUAUUUGAGAGAGGCACUCCAAAGUACAAUCAGGAGCUGGCAAAGUGGCGAGCCGCACGUCUCCGUCACAUCACUGGCGUGCCGAUGGAUCAGGACCAGGCCGACGAGGUCGGUUAUGUCAUGUUCCGAGUAUCUGAGAUUGCAGCUGCGAGAGAGAGAGAAAGACGACGACGGGAGCGACAAGCGGUCGAGCCAAAGUAG